AUGAAAGGUGUUGAGCCGCACAUGAUCACGAUAUCCCUUUCCAUUCACUAUGUCACCGUCUUUGGUGAGCGCAUAGUCGUGAAUUUCGACAACUCAACAACAAAAAAACUUCGUUGGGACGCCGGUCACGUGUGGAAAAUUACUAUGACGGUUCUCCCAAGGACAAUGCGUUGGUGGUAUUCCGUGAUCAAAGAUGAAGAAGUCACUCGUGUCGAGGAACUCGACUUCCCACGGGAAUAUGACUUCGAUUACAACGAAAAGUACUUUCAAAUUGUCGACCACUGGGGGUCGUCCAUCAAUUCCGUUGUUCCUAUCCCACUGAGUAAAACAGAACCUUUUUGCUUAGCUGGGUCCCCACUGAUUAAGAACUACUUGGUCCCAUUUUACCAAGCGUCAUUGGAGAGAAGAAAAACACCGAUGUUGGAAGAGAAAUGUGAACGGCAAAACACACGAGUCGUCGCAGAGUACUUCGGGAUGAACUGGGGGUAUUACGACGACUUUGCAUUACUCGAAAGUAAGCCGUGUAGAAUACCAACCGUCUAUUCUAUCCUUCGUGAGGGUCUCUGCGAGUGA